CCCUCCUGGUGUUUGCGGCCGGGCGGUAGCCGGCCGAGCCGAGCCUGGCGAAGCUGCAACCUUGGACUGCUGCCUGGCUUCUGUGCUUCUGCUGAAUAUGCUGAUCCCUCCCUUUCCAGCCAAGCUUUACUAGGAAAUCGAAACCAAGAACAAGGCGUGCUUGGCCUCGCCACCUUCCCCUCGAUCUCCCGGGCUUCCCGAAACGCCAGCUCCCCUUAGCUGACGGAGAGAGCAGAGAACACCGCUCGGGAACUGAAGGGGACUGGCAGGCCGGGCUCCAGCCAGCUCUCGGGUGCUAGGCUCCUAGGACACAGAGGCUUGGGGGACCCGCGGCAGGCGGCUCCUGGCACACGGGCUAUGGCCAAGUGCUGCUUCUACGCGGUAGGGACACUGUCCUUGCUCCUGCUCGUCUGUAGUGUCACCCUGCUGGUGGCCCGCGUGUUCCAGAAAGCUGUGGACCAAGGGAUCGAGCAGAACAUUGUGUUAAAGAAUGGUACAGAGGCCUUUGACUCCUGGGAAAACCCUCCUCCACCAGUCUAUAUGCAGUUCUAUUUCUUCAAUGUCACCAAUCCAGAUGAAAUCCUCCAAGGUGAGGACCCUCGUGUGGAAGAAGUGGGACCAUACACCUAUAGGGAGUACCGACCCAGAGAGAAUAUUCACUUUUGGGACAAUGGGACAAAAAUAUCUGCAGUUAACCCCAAGAGCUACGUCUUUCAGCGGGACCUAUCUGUUGGAGAUCCUGAAGUUGACUUGAUAAGGACUUUAAAUAUUCCUGCCAUAACUGCUAUGGAAUGGACCACGAACAAUGUGCUGAAAGAGAUCCUGGAAGGACUCCUUAAGACAUAUCAGCAGAAACUAUUUGUGAUCCACAGUGCUCAUGAACUCCUGUGGGGCUACAAAGAUGAGCUCUUCUCACUCAUCAGUAUUUUCAAAUCAGAUAUCUCACCAUACUUUGGCUUGUUCUAUGGGAAGAAUGGCACUGAUGAUGGGGACUAUCUUUUUCUAACCGGAGAAGACAAUUAUCUUAACUUUACAAAGAUUGUGGAGUGGAAAGGGAAAAGGUCACUCAACUGGUGGGCAGCAGAGAAAUGCAACAUGAUUAAUGGAACUGAUGGGAAUUCCUUUCAUCCAUUGAUAUCCAAAGAGGAAACCCUUUAUAUCUUUGCCUCUGAUUUUUGCAGGUCAGUGUAUCUAAAAUUCAGUGACAUGGGAAAUGUGGAAGGAAUCCCUUCUCUUCGCUUUACUGUGCCACCUGAAAUGUUUGGCAACAAUUCUGAUAACAGCUGCUUCUGUAAUCCAUCAGGAAACUGUUUGGGUUCGGGUGUCCUGAAUGUCAGUGUCUGUAAGAAUGGUGCUCCCAUUUUUCUGUCUUCUCCACACUUCUACCAAGCAGAUGAGAAGUUUAUUUCAGCAAUAAAAGGCAUGAACCCAAAUAAGGAAGACCAUGAAACAUUUUUGGACCUCAAUCCUCUGACUGGGAUUAUCCUAAGAGGAUCCAAGAGGUUACAAGUCAAUAUUUAUGUCCGCCAUAUAGAUGGAUUUGACGAAACUGGAAAUAUCAAGAGCUUGGUUUUCCCAGUCAUGUAUCUAAAUGAGAGUGUUUUAAUUGAUAAAGAUUCUGCAACAAAACUCAAGUCUGUAAUAAACACCACUAUGGUCAUCACCAACAUCCCCUACAUCAUCAUGGCCUUGGGAGUGUUCUUGGGUUUGAUCUUUACCUGGAUGGCAUGCAAAGGACAAGGGUCAGCAGAAGAGGGCACUGCGGAUGAAAGAGCACCACUCAUGCGCACCUGAGAGCUUCCCUUCCAUUUGAGCUUGGUGAAUGAACUAUGCAAGCAGACAAAAUCCCAGCCAGCCACCAUGCUAAGUGCUGGGGAUUCAGACAUAAACAAAAAAGAAAGAUAGCCCCGUCCCUCAAGGAGCUUACAUCCUAACAAUCAGUUAAUUAAUUAAUUUGAUGCACUCUUGGAAUGGGGGGAAAUACGACAUUAAUGUUCCAGUCAGCUGCUAAAUUGAGUUUUGAAGGACUGAGAAUGGCUGGUGAUGAUACUUUCUGAAAUCAUACAGCCCAUUGCAAAUUGCUUUGUGUUCAUGUUUGUGGCAGGUAUUUAAUUAAAUACUCUAAGUAUUAAUAAUUUGGGGGUUGUUGGGAUGCUAGAACCUCUAGAAGUUUCCUAUCACCUGUUGUGGUUAAAAUGUCUGCAUCCUAUAGAUGUCUGGACUAACCUUAUUCUCUAAGAUACUUUAUGCCCAUAAAAACUCAGCUUCAGUUAUCACUUUAUCUUCUCAUCUCAAACCCAAUCCUUGUGUAGGAAGUGUACACCUGGGUCCUCUCUGCCACCAACGGAUGAGGACUUAGCUCUAACCACUGAAGAUGUCUCCCUGUGCAAAGUGUAAUCAUUACCAUUAACAAUAUAUUUAAGAAUGAUUCCGUAAUCAUGCUUGGUCACACAUGACCUCAGAAUUGACUUUUAAAAGGAAGGGCCAAGACAGGGAGAGGGGAGGAGAGCUGAGACAGGAGAGAAGCUGCCUCCAGACACUCAUACCCAAGUUUCCUUCAGAAUAAGCCUCCACACCUACAAAGCUCCUCUAGGGACUCUCAUGGUUCUAGGAGAGGAAGGAACUAUAUGGCUGGGGAAGGCGUUUCAAAACCAAUGAAGGAAUCUCAGAGCCGAGCUUUCUGGACCCUGUGCAGGUCAAUGUUGAGUUCUUGGAUCAAGGAGAAGAAUUUGGAACCAAAAAAGAACAAGAGCUGAAGAGUGGCCAAAGACAUCUUGCAAGAAGAGAAGCAAACCUGGGGAGCUCUACUUUUGUUGACGUCGUUAAAUUGUUUGGAUUCUGCACAUCUAGGGGAAGAGGAUUGAGACACAGCAUAAUCUACACUACACUUGGAAUGAAAAACACUUGGGCUGGAGUUCUCUCUCAGAUACUUAGUAGCUUUGUGACCCUAGGCAAGUCACCUGAAUUCUCUGGGCCAUCUGUAAAAGGAAAGGAUUGGAUUUGAUAAAUUCUAAAUCCCUUCCAACUGUAAAUCUAUGCCUAUGAUCAAUUCUCUAGGGAUUCUUUCCCUUUGUUGGGGGCCCUACAUAUGAUUAAGUAUAGAGAGCUGUUGGGGUACCAAGUGGCCAGGGUUAUUGCUUGACUUUUUAACAAGCCUGAAUACCUAUGGAACUGUGGGGAGGGCCUCAAGAUAGUUCCAUAAAUCUGGAAAACUGCAUACUUCUUUGGGGAAGAAGGAUUUGCUUGGGGGAAAAAGGGUCAAUUUCUUAAUGACUCCAUUGUUUUCCUCUUUCAGGAGUUCUCAAAUUUAGGGAAGUCCCUGAGGAGGUAAAGACCAUGAAAGAUGGAAGAAAAAUUAGAAAAGUCAUUGUAACUGUUCAGGGAGUAAGAUGUGAGUCAUUGUGUUGCAUUUUUUGUUGGAUUAAAUAAAGUCUUUCAUAUAUUCA